CCCUCUCUCGUGUGAAAAAGUACGGCCAAAAGUUUCCGGAGUAGACUUUUGCGUUCAAUGAGAGUACUGAAUGCCUUCAACAGGUAGCAACGUAUUCUAGCCACCGGCUUUCCUCACUCAUCAAGAGACGUCUUUUUAUCCCACUCCAAGCUCCUCUCAACUCCGGCUUAUUCGACGAACUCAUAUUCUUGUGUCCGGUUUUCCUCUCAACGAAUGUGCUGCUCGUCACUCAGCUCUCGGCACUCGGCAGCAGCUUGACAUAAUGGCGCCAGAUCACGCAUAUGCCAUCGGAGAGGUCUGCUAUAACAUCUGGCUUAAUGCGUUCGACGAUGGUCUCCUGUCAAAGAAACCCCGUCCCAAGGGCCUGUUCCUGACUGUUUCCGAAUUUCUCGAGUACAAAUGGACCGAAACGACUGGCGAAGUGAAGAAGACUUGGAAACAGCGCACCGACAGCUGGCGUCCACCAACCUCACAAGAGCAGAACCUUGAGAAGUAUCGCAGUGAUCAUCAUUGCAUUUGGGUCGGGUGGUUCCUUCCGGCACUAUACAUUGCAUACAACAACCAACAAGAUCAGGAGGCUUUGAAGGGAGAGUGUGUCAACACCUACGACGUGGAACCAAAGGUUAGAGAGAAUCAAUAUUUUUCGGCUACCCAUAAGUCGUAGCUAGGAGGUCCUUGCAGCAGGAGUGGCUCGAGGCCUUGUUCUCUUUACAACGACGUUGAAUGUGGCUGUAUAAUGCACGAGGAGGGCUCAGUGGCUUCACAUGGCAGCGGGUGUGGUGUGUCGUGAAACGCUGCAUUUACGUCUGGAAAAUCUUCAUCUGAAAGUGGCUU